AUGUUAAACACUGUGCAUAACAGCACAUCAAGCUACAAUGCUUUUUGUACUUCACUUGAAGGCGUUUUGCAACUAUUUCUCUGGUACUCCUUAUUUUCCCACAGUGUGUGUGGUAUGGGCUUCAAGAGGAACGGCAUGUGGGUCGUGAUGGUGGUGAUGGAAAUUGUAAAUCGUGGCAAUGAAGAUGAUUGUAACAUCAAUGGUGAUGGGUGGUUCUGGUGGCUGAAUUUUAGAGAGAUGGGAGAGUUCAAUGGCGCUCACGCUUCGAACGAACUAAAGUUCAUCACCAAAGGUCUCCUUGCAAAAAAGUUUUGUCUACCCGUAAAGGCUAACAAUGGUAAAGUCAUAUUGAAAGUGGAUUUCUAUUGUUUCCAAUACGUCUUCUCUUUGAAAAAUCAUUACAGAUACUUACACAUGUUGGUAGAACUCCAAGUAUCAGAUCGACCCUCUGAAACAGGUAUAACCGAAGAUAUUGACACUAAUACCAUCAUGGAUUUAGAAAAACAAGUAGUAGAUCAUUCGUUUGAAACACAAAUAGAUGAAGAUAUUGAUGCAAAUGGUUAUUUGGAAGCAACAUCUGAAUCCGAGAAAAUAAAUGAUGAUGGUGUGAAUCUUGGAUGUGAUGAAGGUGAAAAUAAUGAUACAUGUAUUACUGGAAAGGUUUUCGAUACACCCAAUGAUGCAUAUACAUUUUACAAUGAUUAUUCAUUUUUACAUGGUUUUGUUACACGAAAACAUUGGAAAUUUAAGAACAAGUCAACAAAUGAGCAUUAUCGGAGGAUAUAUGUAUGCAACAAAGAAGGUUUCAAACAAUUGAAAGGUAAUAAUUCAAGUGGAAAGACAAUAAAACGUCGUAGAGAGGUAAGAACUGGAUGCAAAGCAAUGAUUCGCAUUUCAAAACAAAAGGAUGGGAAAUGGAUUGUUGACAAGUUUAAUUUAAUUACAUUUUCACCCACUAAAUCGACUGAUUGCUUCAGAUUGUUAGUCUUAAGUGUUUGAUCUUUGUCAACUAGUCAUGUGUCGAACAUCUGGGAUUCUUGUAGCUAGCAAUUUGUGUUAUAAUCCAUAUUGAUUCUCGUACUAGGAAAUCAGUUGUUUGACUUGUAUAUUUAAACCGGAUAUUAAAAUUAAC